UUUUGAUCUGGACUUGGUCCAAUGUGGUCUAGAUUCCCAAUCAGUUAUAUACACAUAUAGCAAAUGAAUGGGAGGUGUAACCAAGGUGGCGCAGGGAGCAACAUUCCAGGUAAGGAGGAACUGGUUGACUGCGCAGUGACACUGCAGGAAGCGCUGCUCCUCUCUGACACUUUACGCCGUAAAAGAAAGAUCAACGCUACUUCACAGGAUGAAGACUCAUCUCAUUAUUCCUUUGGCAUUACUUACUUCUCUUGCUUUGCUGGGGGUGAUAAAAAUACGAAAAAAGGAGAAUGAGAAGGUGGAGAAGCAUUACGUAUUACAGAAUAUCAAACUGCGGGUGAACGACGAUGCUCUGGACGAGUAUCGUAAUUCUAUUGCUGAGGACCAAAACCUGCUGGAAAAGACUAAAAGUGAGCAUAACACAAUACAAGAGGAAUUGGACAAACUCAAGCUCAAUGAAGACAGAGUUAAAAAUGAAGCGGACCUAUGCCAGGAGAGCAAGAAAUCUGAGGCAGAUAAGCUGGCUGUAAUAACAAUGGACUUAAAUAACCUUAAAGCUGAAACUGAGAAAGAAAUGACUCUCUGGAACACUGAAAUAGCUGCACUGAAAGAACAAGCAGCAGGACGCAGUUCAGUGUGUGACUUUUUAAAAGGAGGAAUGCCAUUUGCAAGACAUAUUUGUGGCAAUAAAGAGCCUAAUAGGGCUAAAGAAGAAGGGGUAGAGGUCCCUAAAAAAGAGGAGGCAAAGGCAGACGCCCCUAAACAGGAUCCACCAAAGGAAGACGCCCCUAAACAGGAACCGCCAAAGGCAGAUGCCCCUAAACAGGAUCCACCAAAGGCAGACGCCCCUAAACAGGAACCGCUAAAAAACAGAGGCCAAAAAGAAGAGGAGGUAAAGGUGGAGGUUCAUGAAAAUAAGAAGCCAAAGACAAAGGAAGAGGCCCAAAGAUGAGAUUAUGCAUGUUUUUAAUCUCCAACACUUCCACACUUCCAGGAACAAUAAAAGCAGACUCCAGUAUGAAUGUGACUAUCCUAGUUUUUAUAUUAUUUCAUGAACACAUGGAAAACAAGUAAAUGGUUAUGCAUAUCUAAGAGUAUAUGUUGAAUAAGUGUAACAUCUGCUUGCUAUACACAGCCAUCCUUAUUAUGUACAAACACAAAGUGGUGUCUUUAAUCAGUCUAAAAACCUGUGUACUGAUUGAGCACACAAGCUAAUACACUGGUCAGUGUCUUCAGCUGACUAGUGUAUUACCUUGUGUGUCACUAUAGGUUAACAUUUUCAUCUGUUUACUUUUCAAAUUACAGAGCAUGAUCAACUGUCAUUGCCAGAGUCAAAUUUCUGUUUCAUUUUCACUGCCACCAUAGUUCUUAUUCAGUAAUAGUAUUUAACAGCUAAUCAAGAGAUCUUGUUAAACUGUACACGUAAUGGUUUUGUAAUUUUACUAAAACAUUUCAGGUAUUUUUAAAAAAAAAUUUUUUAUAACAGGGAUAUCUUCCAAGGACAGAAAAUGGAAACUUAGCCAUUUGUUUAACUCUGGUAAUUUACAAUAAUGUGUAUUAAUGUACAAUGUUCCUGUAAAACACACAAAUAUCCAGGCUUCUGCCAUAUUUGUAAACAACUAUCAGGAUUGUGAUCCUCAGGUAUAUAUCAACACUUACUGUGACAUGUAGGGGUUUCUAGGAAAAGACUGUGUGAUCACAUAUCUUUAUUUGACUCAGUGGAAAAGAAUGGAAAUAUCUCUUGGUCUAACUUUUUGUUUUGUGUGCAUGCUCAGUCACUUAUUAAGUAACAAACUGGCAAAUAAUUUUUUCUGCAAGCACGAUUUAAGGUUACUCUGAUUUGUUUGUGAUGGCAGAUUGGCAAU